GGAAGCAGAAUUUGUAGCACAGCAUGAGUGGUACAACGACAGUCGGCCCUGUACAUGACACUCUCGGGUGUUUGAUGAUCGGAUCGGUUUUAUCUAUGGGUCUAUAUGGUAUCGGAAGCGUGCAGACCUAUUAUUUCUUUGACACAUUCGGUGGUCAUGAUUCGUACUAUCUGAGGUUCCAGGUGUUUUCGCUUUGGGCACUCAACACGGUGCACCAAGCGUUCAUCCUCUGUUCGACGUACAAAUAUGCAAUAACGCAUUACGCAGUCGCAGGUCAGCUCGCAGUACUUGAACCCACGUUACGGAAUACUAUCAUCCUUACGGCAGUCAUUGCCAUCCUCGCUCAAUCAGUAUUUGUUGAUCGGAUAUAUUGUCUGAGCAAGAAUCUCAUCUUGACGGCCGUGAUGAUUGUCCUCGCCCUUGGCCAGCUUGCUUGUACGAUUGCCUACUAUGCCAAGUGCCACUCCUCUACUACGUUCGACAGCCUGCGCUUGAACUCGACUCUCAUGCAUGUGGACCAAAUUAUUACGGCGGUCGUUAACUCUGCCAUCGCGGGAACACUCGUUUAUCUUUUCCAAACGACGAGGACAGGUUUCAAGCAGAACGACAGCAUUGCAAAUAAGUUCAUGGCUUUCGGGCUGAACACGGGUGCCGUGACGGCGAUCUGUGCCAUCGUGUGUUUGGUUACCGGUUAUGCAUCACCUAAUACCUUUGUGUAUCUGUUGUUUUCCUUCCUACUAACUCGAUUAUAUAUGAAUACCGUGUUGGCGUCCUUGAAUUCGCGCUCAGUGCCACGGGAUAAGAGUAAUGAAGGCUCGGGAUUGAAAUAUAAUUUGUACGAUAUGCGGAAUAACAGGACGGAUGUUUCUUCGCACAUUCGUCCGACUGCUUCGCGCGUAGUUACGAUAAAAGUAGACACGGAGACAUUCCUUGAGAGUGAUGGAAUCAACGAACUUGGCAGGGUUGAUCGUGAUGGAGACUUGCACAGUCCUUAUUCCAAGUCGAGUCCAAAAGCGUACUAA